ACUCAUUCGACUCUACCCAGAAUGCACCUCUCGCGUCCGGUCUAAGCACAACACAUCGCCAUUUUCCGCGAUCGGGCGCUUCUCCGUGCAGUAACUAGGUCACAAGAUUUACAGAAAAACACUCGAAGCGAUCUUCACCAAAGUCACCGAUUCCAGCGCGUCGAUCUCUCCGCGGCCACCGCCUCGACCGAGAGCCAAUGAUCGUGUCCGGUCGCGCUCGGGUGCAGUAUCGGAGCGCGGGCCCGGGCUGAUGCGACACCGACCCUCACCGAACCAACACUAGACAACACGACACAGGAUGAAACGAGGCCAGAAGAGAGGCGAUCAAGCGGAGGAGGGAGGCGGGUCGGUGUCGGGGCCGGGCCCCGGGGCCCCCGAGGUCCGCAAGAGGCUCCGGCGGGGCGAUUCAGAGGAGCGGCUUGAUGAGGACGGGCAGGUGGACUGGCGGCAGCUGCCGGAGGAGAUCCUGCUGCAGAUCUUCCAGUACCUGCCGCUGCUGGACCGGGCCUUCGCCUCGCAGGUGUGCCGCGGCUGGAACCAGGCCUUCCACAUGCCGGAGCUCUGGAGGUGCUUCGAGUUCGAGCUCAACCAGCCGGCCAGCUCCUACCUGAAGGCCACGCACCCCGACCUCAUCAAACAGAUCAUCAAACGCCACUCCAACCACCUGCAGUACGUCAGCUUCAAGGUGGACAGCAGCACUGAAUCCGCAGAAGCAGCGUGUGACAUCCUCUCUCAGCUGGUCAACUGCUCUCUGAAGACCCUCGGGCUCAUUUCCACCGCAAGACCCUCCUUCAUGGAGCUGCCCAAAUCUCAUUUCAUCUCGGCGUUGACGGUGGUGUUCGUGAACUCUAAAUCUCUGUCCUCUCUGAAGAUCGAUGACACUCCCGUGGACGAUCCGUCCCUCAAAGUGCUGGUGGCCAAUAACAGCGACACGCUGAAGCUGCUGAAGAUGAGCAGCUGUCCACACGUGUCUCCCGCAGGUAUCCUGUGCGUGGCGGAUCAGUGUCACGGUCUGCGCGAGCUGGCGCUAAACUACCACCUGUUGAGCGACGAGCUGCUGCUGGCGCUGUCGUCCGAGCGGCACGUUCACCUGGAGCACCUGCGCAUCGACGUGGUGAGCGAGAACCCGGGCCAGCAGUUCCACUCCAUCAAGAAGAGCAGCUGGGACGCCAUGGUGCGCCACUCGCCCAAGUUCAACCUGGUCAUGUACUUCUUCCUGUACGAGGACGAGUUCGGGCCCUUCUUCCGCGACGAGGUGCCCGUCACGCACCUGUACUUCGGCCGCUCGGUCAGUAAGGAGGUCCUGGGCCGUGUGGGGCUGACGUGCCCGCGGCUGGUGGAGCUGGUGGUGUGCGCCAACGGCCUGCGACCCCUGGACGAGGAGCUGAUCCGCAUCGCCGACCGCUGCAAGCAGCUGUCGGCCAUCGGCCUGGGCGAGUGCGUUUCCUGCAGCGCCUUCGUGGAGUUCGUGAAGAUGUGCGGCGGCCGGCUCUCGCAGCUGUCCAUCAUGGAGGAGGUUCUGAUGCCGGACAACAAGUACGGGCUGGACGACAUCCACUGGGAAGUGUCCAAACACCUGGGCCGCGUCUGGUUCCCCGACAUGAUGCCCACCUGGUAGACCGGAGCGACAGUUAUGCCCCAUGAUUCCCCGCUCACAGACUGAAGACGUUUUUGUGGAUUUUCUAGUUUCGGAACGGAAGCCUGUGUUUGGAUCCGGGAUACUCUCGCUCAUCAUGUUUGUCUGUAAAUGUACGUGUGGUUUUGACUCUCAGUGUCGGUUAAUAGUGGAUGAAGGCGGGACGAGUGACGUCGGAGCGAUCCGUGAUCUUCAAGCACCUUUCCCAGAUGAAGUUUCAGCUCGCCGGUUCUGAUCAUGUGUUUUGCUUCUUCGAUGACUUCAGAAGAGACACUGCUGACCGUUUAAUGAUGAAGACGUUUAAUCUGAAUCUAGUGUUUGACCUGCUCAUUUCAUCAAGGGUUGAUCAGUCCAGUUUUUCAGAAAGAAGCCUGACGUUUCCUGAUUUUAGUGUUCUGCUGCCAGACGACGAUGAUGAUGAUGAUGAUGAUGAUGAGCUCUUGUGUUCUGUAGUUUUCAUCGCAGGCGCUGGAGGAGUUCAGCGUCGGACGGACGGAUGUGAUCGCGUCGCUCAUCUGUUAGCGCAGCUUCAUUAGUUCUCAAGCAAUACUUACAGAAACACUUGAGCUGACGGGGACACAGAUUCAGAUCAUUUCCUCCUGCACUUUAUAUAGAAAUGUAUUUUAGAAAUGUACAUAUGAGAUUAUCGGUUGUCAAUAUUUCUCCUGAUGAUGAUGAGGAUUAAUAUUAUAUUAUUUUCUUUGCAUUAAAUGAAUAGUGAUAUAAGCUUUUCAUGUUGUUCUUUCAGACGUUUAAUUGCUUUAUUGUUUUUAUGUGUAUGAAUACAUAGAACUUUAUCCAUAAAAGAGACAAACCAACGUGGUGUACAUGUUUUUGUUGUUGUUUUGGAAUAAAUUUGUGAAUGUAAA